AUGGAACAAUUUUUAAUAUCAUUAAAAAUCAACCAAGAAAAUAAAUUUAAACAAUUGGAAAAAUUCUAUAUUGAAGAAAUGGAUAAUCCAUUCCUUAAAGGUUUCGUUAAUGGUGAAAUAAAAUAUUGUGAAUUAGUUAAAAAAUAUUAUCCAAAUCAAUUCAAAAUAACAAAAUCAUCAAUUAUAAAAGCAAUUUCUUUUGAUAAUAUCCAUAUUAUAAAAUAUUAUUAUCAAGAAAAAAAUUAUAUUGGUUUAAAUAAUUCAUUUAAAUCUGAUAUUCAAUUAUUUGAAUUUUUAAUUUUAGAAUUAAAAAAUCAUCAAGAUUAUAAAUUACAUUUAGAAUGGUUAUAA